AUUCUCUCUCAUCAUUGAUGUUUCUGUCUCCCUCUCCCUCUCUGAAAUCAAUUAAAAAAAAACCACAUAUUUUAAAAAGACAUUUCUCUCUACUGGAAGAUUACUGUAUAAUUGUACAUAUAAAACAUAUAUGACUAAAAUAAUUGCAGAAAACCAGGAAAAUGGCGGGGGCUCCCGAGUUGGGGAGCCUCUCGCUUCCGCGGGCCGUGGAGAGCGUGGCCGGGACAGAAGACCGCGCCGCGGGCCCCGCCGCCACUCCGCGGGAGGAUUUCCGCGUGCGCUGCACCUCGAAGCAGGCCGUGCUGGAGCUGAUGGAGCUGUGCGGCCGCUUCGUGCGGCAGCUCGGGGACGCGCUGCCGGCGGAGGUUCGGGAGCCCGCGCUGCGAGACGCGCAGUGGACGUUUGAAUCUGCUGUGCAAGAGAAUGUCAGCAUUAAUGGGCAGGCAUGGCAAGAAGCUUCAGAUGAUUGUUUCAGGGAUUCUGAUAUCAAAGAACUUGAAGAUCACUUUGAUGAAAUCAUAGUAGACUUAGCCACGAAACGUAAGCAGUAUCCCAGAAAGAUCCUUGAAUGUGUCAUAAAAAUUAUAAAAGCAAAACAAGAAAUUCUGAAAGAAUACCACCCUGUUGUACACCCAGUGGACCUAAAAUAUGACCCUGAUCCUGCCUCUCGUGUGGAAAAUUUGAGAUGCAGAGGAGAAACAGUAGCAAAGGAGAUCAGUGAAGCCAUGAAGUCCUUGCCUGCAUUAAUUGAACAAGGAGAUGGAUUUUCCCAAGUGUUAAAGAUGCAGCCUGUUAUCCAACUCCAGAGAAUCCACCAAGAAGUCUUUUCCAGUGGUUAUAAGGAGCCAGAUGCUAAACCUGAGAACUUUAUAACACAAAUAGAAACCACACCAACAGAGACUUCUACCAGCAAAACCACUAACGUGGUACUGAAAAGAAAGCAAACUAAAGACUGCCCCCAGAGAAAAUGGUAUCCGUUGCGGCCAAAGAGAAUUAAUCUUGAUACGUAAGCUAUUUUUGUUUAUCUCGGGAGUUGAAAUUAGGCUGUCAUCAUUUAGAUUAAAGUCUGAUGCCUAGACAGGACUUCAUUUAAAAUAACAAGUAACUCUUUAGUGAUUUCUUUAUACAGAUGUAAUAACUCUGUCCUGGGGUAUGAUGUAAUAUUGUAUAUCCUCAAUGUUUCGUCUAUAGUUGAUGAAAAGCAUAGUUUUAAAAUGUUGGCACAAAGCCCAUCAAUGGGUAUAAACAGUACAGUCUUUUACUGUCCUAAAAUGCCAUCAACUCUUGGCUGCUUUUAUGGAAUUUUAUGAGUAACAUUCUGUCAGUUUUCUGGAUCUACUGCUUUCUUU